AUGGUACCUGGGAGUAGACUGCCGCUAAUGAUUCAUCUACUAAUAGUAUCAAUACUCUUCCAACUACAAGAAACAGCUGCAGCCUCCUUGGCAUUGGAUGGCUGCCAAAGCAAAUGUGGAGAUAUAGAUAUUCCUCAUCCAUUCGGCAUAAACAAGGGUUGCUACCUUGAUUUGCAAUUUGAAGUCAUAUGCGAUGAUGAUUCUGCCUCUCUAGUUGACUUCAAAAUGAAGUUACAGCACAUCUCCAUAUCACAUCACCAUGUACGGGUUUUAAAUUUCCCAGUUCUAAAUAUGACUUUCAAUAGAUCAUCAGGAGAAAGUUUGAGAGUACAGCCUACUCCUGAAUUUGAUUUUAGACGAUUCAGUUUGUCCCACACGGAAAAUAAGUUUUUUGUAGUGGGCUGUGAUUUGUAUGCCUAUGUUGUUCAUAAUACAACUAAAGAGUUCAUCACAGGAUGUGGAUCUCUCUGCAACCGUGCUGACAUAGUCAGAUCCACUUCGUCUUGCUCGGGCUUUCGUUGCUGCCAGUCAAGUUUACCAAAAGAUUUCUCAAUUUUUAGUUUGUGGGUUAAUAAAAUAAAUACCUUGGAAGACUCCUGGCCAUCAGAUCGAUGUGGCUUUUUCUUUUUUGCAGCCACGGAUGUGCCAAUUGACCAUUACAAGAAUUUCUCUGCUUGUAAUGAAAGACAUUUUGUCCCUGUAGUCUUUAACUGGACAGUUGGAAACACCACUUGCAGCAAUGCCAAGAAAACAAAUGACUAUCGAUGCGGCCAGAAUAGUAAUUGCUAUGACAAUGAUGGAAGUAGGGGAUACAGAUGCAUAUGCAAUCCAGGCUACCAAGGAAAUCCUUAUCUCCCCAAGGGAUGCGAAGAUAUUGAUGAGUGUAUGGAUCCCAAACAAAAUGACUGCCAAGAGAAAGGCCGCUGCAUGAACACACCAGGAAGCUACUAUUGCCAACAUAGUCGAGUAAUAUUGACAUUGAUCAUUCCCAUAGGAGUUGGCCUUGCUGCUGGCCUUCUAAUUCUGGCAUCUAUUAGUCUCUGGCUCUUCCCAUCAGAAGCAAGGCAGAGCCAACAAACAUUGUCCAUUGCCAUCAUCAAGGAAAGCUUUGAACACUGGAGGUCACAGCUCAAUCCAAAUCCCAUUAGAGGAUUGUACUCCAACAAAACAUAUAAAACCAAUGCGGAGAAACAGGUUAAGGUUUUCCAGGAUAUAACACAUGUUCAUGGAAAUCCUUACUAG